AUGCGUAACAAUUCCUGUUCGUGUAAAUUUUUAAACGAAAUCUUUUCUCGUCAACGCCGCAUACGGCGAAACAGCCGAUCUUCUCGUUCGGCGUUGAGAACGAUUACCAAAGGAUUGCCCGUUAGUGUUCCAAAACAAGCAUCGCAACAUUUACCUCGCCGAAAGAAACAGUUUCAGAAGGCGGUUGACAUUUUCAUACACAGUUCUUGCAAAUUCGAUCGGGUGAAUGAACCUCAACGAAGCAGAGCAUCGGCCAACCGAUCGCACAGGCAUGCGGAUAGAAUGGUAUCUAGAUUUCUUACUCUGCCUCGCGCGGAUCAGAGCCACUAUCUUAACUGUGCUGAUAUGAUGGAGACCCCGAAGCAGGUGACGGUAUGCUCGGAUCCGUUUCUAUUAUUUCUCCAAGAUUUUACCAAAGAGUGCAGCAAGAUAAAGGCUCUGGAAACGGAUCAAUUGUACGUGGCACGAAGAAAUCCCACAGCAAACCAUACACAAGACGAGCCUGACGACACUGUGGCUAUUGAAGAUCCCGUUCUUGAUGAGCUCCCCACUAACGAGCAAAUCCUAUCCGUAGCCAAAGCAGCAUGGAACGAACUUUCGGAUGAGGCCAGAGAACCGUAUCGCUUCCGAGCAAUAAUGGCAGCACUUUUUCCUUUAUCGAUGGACCAGGCAUUCUGA